UCAGAAAUUCUACGCUCACAAAUCGUUUCACGCUGGUUCGAUCAAUCCUGUUCUACGAACACAGCCGUUGCUUAUCUCAGAUCUCAGUGUUGUUUUGAUUCGUUGUCAGAGAACAAAUAAGAGUACAGUAUUUAUUCGAACUCUUGCGAGAAGUUAAGAGGCACGAUAAACAUAAAUACCCAAAGGGUAUGUUUCACGGAGAGACGGACAAUCACAAACAACGAGGCAAAGAAAAGUUCGUUACACUUCUUUUUGGCAUGCUAAUGAUCUGGAUCAUAUGGCCGGACGUCACGCGAUACGAUUUUAAUUCUGAUACAUAUCGUGCAUGUUAAACGUAACGUUACGACGUCGAUGCACGAUGUCGUCGGGUGUGAAGUAACGUGAUGAUGCGCGACUUUAUGUCAGGAGCGCGCGAUAACGAAACGGAAAGGAUAAAAUGAGCCGUCCUAAGUGGGACAUAUUAUGGUCCCCUUUUCACUCGGACCGAUUUAUCACAUGGGACAGCGACGCAGUACUGAAUCUCUAUGAGAUCGGACUGCGAGAUAAUAGUGUACGGGAAAACGAUCAGACUUAUUUGCAAAUCUCGGAGCAUUCUGUGGCUGAGCUGAUCUCCUCUAUUACAAUCAACAGCUAUGCAAAAUGCAUUGACUUAUAUCCACAACCAGAGCUAGACAUUGUUGCUAGUGGCCAUGCAAAUGGAAAAAUCGUUCUGAGUACUCUUAGUCCUGUGGAAUUUGACUACCAAGGCCUAGCUGGAAAAGAAUUCUUUCCUAAAUAUAUGCGGUCAUGCAAUGUUGUUGCAUGGAAUCCUAUGGAAACUCACCUGAUCAUGUCUGGUCUGGAUAAACAUAGCAAGGAACACUCUGUGUUACUUUGGGAUGUGCUUCAUUGUCCAAAAGGCUCGGAACGACCAAUAGUAGAAGCAGGCAUAUCAGAAACAAUACAUUCCGCUGUUUGGUUCAAGCAUGAAUCGAGAUGUUUGGCUCUCGGCGUCAAUAACAAACAGUUAAAAGUUAUUGACUUUAGAGAUUCUGCAAAGAUGGUAAAUGUUACCCCUACAAAAGCGAUAUAUAAUCUAUCAGUAAAUCCUCAUAAUAAUUAUCAGUUACUUUCGCACGUUGAUAAUCUGAUCACAAUAUGGGAUAUUCGAUGUUUCGAGAAACCAAUAGUUACCAUAAUGCCACAACGACAGGUUACAAAAGUGCUCUGGUGUCCUACUAGACGGAAUCUAAUUGGUACAUUACAAAAAGACUCAGUUGGUUUGCAUCUCUUUGACAUUCAAUAUUGCGGAAUAGACGACACUGAACCAGGUGUCUUGGAAAGGGUCGUUUUACCACCGUGGCAUAGUCCCAUAAGUUUUUCAUGGCAUCCGACCGAUGAGAAUCGUUUGUUAGCAAUAUCACAACAAGGCGUGACUGAUUACACCGUAUCUGAGAGAAUAACGCUCAAUUGGUCAGCUCGAUCGUGUCUGAUGUGGAAUUGUGCUUUUAAAUCGUUUAAGUAUAUACAUAGCGAGGAUAGUGUUUACAAAGAGUUGGAUGAUAUCUCGGUUUUAACUAAGAGACGUGCUAUGCUCGAAUAUGGUUUACUUUCGGAUUUAGCUCACAAUGGUGAUGUAGCCGAAAACGCAACUUUAAAAAAUUUAUGGCAAUGGUUGUAUCUAAGUCGUUCUUUAGUAGAAGACGGCACUAUACAAAGUCCUGACGUGAAGCAUCCUGGUGUAAGGACAGUCUUGAAGUUUGAGCAUCAAAAUCCAAGCAAUGGCUUGAAAUCAGAAGUGAUUCAUCGCCCAUGGUCGGAUUUAGGUUCCGGUUAUGUAACGAAAGUCUACAGAUCGCUAGACAGAGAAAGGAGUCUUCUUCUGUGCGGUUUGCGAUUUGAUAGAGAAACUAACAUCGCAUACGAUAAUGCGUAUCUAGACAAAUUAGAGAAGGAAGGUGCAUACGCGAAAGCAGCCGCAUUCGCAGUAUUCAAUCUUUGUCUAAGGCAAGCUAUAGAUAUUUUGAAUCGAGGUGCAAGCAAGACACAAACGACUAUUCUGAAUAUGGUAGCUAUGGCGCUAUCAGGUUUUUCCGAAGAGCGUACUACGCUGUGGAGAGAAUCGUGCCAGAAAUCUAAAUCUCAAUUAUCAGAUCCUUAUUUGAGAGCGACAUUCGGUUUCUUGACUGCGGAUAACGAUUCCUAUGAAAGCGUACUUAAUGAAAACGGCAUGGCUGUUGAAGAUCGAGUAGCAUUCGCUCUCAUGUUUUUAUCGGAUAAUAAACUCUACGAGUACUUAAAAAGACUAACCCAGAAGGUAAUUGAAGAGGGAGAUCUAGCAGGCUUCUUGGUUACAGGUACGAGUACAGAAAGUAUCCAAUUAUUGAGCAAAUAUUUGGAGAUCACCUCGGACGUUCAGAGCUGUACUCUUAUUGCUAUCAGAACUUUUUCGCCAAAAUUGCUUCAGGAGAAUCAGGUUCAAGUAUGGAUUUCUAGUUACAAACAUCUCUUGAACGCGUGGAAAUUAUGGUUUCAAAGAGCCAAAUUUGACAUUGUUAUGAGAUCUUUAACACCACAGGACAAACCGCCACAGCAGAUACAUGUAUCAUGUCAUUUCUGUGGCAAAAGCAUAUCAGCUUCCAUGCAAGGAUUAAGUAGAACGAGAGUCCCGUUUGGUAGAUUAGGCGGUACUCCUAACAAAUUGAAGAUGACAGCAUGCCCGAAUUGCCGCAAACCUUUACCACGCUGUGCAAUAUGUUUGAUGCACAUAGGUACGGUCAGUGGAUUGCAAACUGCUCCCAGUCCUGGCGGCAGCAGGAACGAGGAAUGCAAUAGCAAGCUUACGGAAUUCAGUAGUUGGUUCUCGUGGUGUUUAACAUGUAAACACGGUGGACAUAGCGAACACAUAGCCCGGUGGUUUCGACAACAUACUGAAUGUCCUGUAACAUCUUGCAAUUGUCGCUGUUCAUCUUUAGAUUAUACACGUAAUACAAGUGUGACAUAAGUAUCCUUUUAUAUACCAAACUUUGAAAUAUUCAUAUACACACACACACGUACAUUACUGAGAUGAUUUAUUUUUAUUAGUUCUAGAAUUUCGCAUGUUUUGUAUCUAAUCCAAUUUGAUUGAUUUUAUGUAUAGACAAAGGAAUGCUUAUAUUUGAAUACUCUUUUUUAUAUUGCAGCAUUUCUUGUUAUUAUUAUAGUAAACAUAUAUAUCAAAUUGGCAGAAUGUAAAAAGAAAAGUAUGAGAAAGAAUGGAACAGAGUAAACAAUUUGCA